AAUAAAUAUUCAUACUGUUAACAGCUUGUCGAUAAUAAACAAGAAAAUGAUAUUUUGAAAAUCCAUUUACAUGGCUACUGUUGAUCCACAUGUCACAUUUGUCCUCGUCAGCAACAAACUAUCUCCCUUCCCAAUUACCAAAACAAAAUCCCUCCAUUCUCAUCCCCUUAAAAUCUAACUUCACUCAAAUCUUUCAAUCAUUUUAACCUUCUCUCUUCCUUCUCUCUAACCAACCAUGGCUGUCAAUGAUGAUAAUAACACCAUCAAAGGCUUGUUAUCAGGCAGACCAUGUGACACUUGCAAUACCGCAUCUGCUUUGCUUUAUUGUAAAGCAGAUGCUGCCUUCUUGUGUGGAACUUGCGACGCCAAGAUCCACACAAGUGUUCGGGUCCAUGAACGUGUUUGGCUGUGCGAGGUUUGUGAGCAGGCGCCUGCAUUUGUCACGUGCAAGGCUGAUGCGGCGACGUUGUGCUCGUCGUGUGACCAUGACAUUCAUUCGGUUAACCCGUUGGCUCAUCGCCAUGAGCGUAUUCCUGUCACUCCCUUCCUUGACUCUGCUGUUGAAGCUGUCACUGCUCGCUCAAUCGAAUCUGUUGCUGCCACCUCUGCCUUCCUUGUACCUGACGAUCUCGACAAUAUUCCUGCUCUUUCUGCGUUUGUUGAUGAUGUUGUAGAAGACGAUGCUGAUGCGUGGUUGAUACCAAAUCCGAACAGUACUUUUCUGUACAAUGAUUCUGAUGUACUGAAUUUUAGCCAUGGUUGUCAGAAUGUGGUAAAAUCAUUGCAAUUUCAGCAGCAAGAUAUCAAACCGAUUGUUGAUGAGAAUCGUACUUACGCAUUUACUGAAAGUGUUGUUCCUACACAUUCACAAUCGCAAGGUACUAAUAACAACAAAUUCGCCAUGGAUACGGAUUCUUCCUUCUUCGAGAAAUGCUUCAACAUCGAUUUCACUCAACCAGAUAAAUUCCACAAGAAAAACAUCAACAGUGAACUCUUCUCCGCAUUCAGCAAUUGCGAUUACCAAAGUAUUUCGUCAUCUGACAUUGGAGUAGUACCAGAUUCAAAUACAAAUACAAAUACAAAUUCCAUGUCUUCAGAGGUUUCUUAUUCGUUUGCCAGAUCUUCAGCGAGUAACGGCAGAUCAUCAAAUGGAGCUCCAGUGAUGGAUAGAGAAGCUAGGGUGUUGAGGUACAGAGAAAAGAGGAAGAAUAGGAAGUUCCAGAAAACGAUUCGUUAUGCUUCUAGAAAAGCUUACGCUGAAACGCGUCCUAGAAUCAAAGGACGUUUCGUUAAACGUACUGAUUAUAGCGAAAUGUCCGAGUUUGAUUUCGCGGCUGAUAGUGAAUACGGCGUCGUCCCAGUAUUCUAAUAUUGUAAAUUAUAGUUAGCUUUAAAGUUUUCAAACGUGAAUUCAACUUUUGAAGUAAGAAAUGAAAAUUCACGGGUUUAAUUACGUCUUCUAUCUGUAACACUAUUUAUUUUUCAUUAUAUAUUUGUAAUGAUAUGUAAUAUUAAUUCUACUAUUUUAGAAUUUAUUGGAAUAAAUUAUUCUAUUUCA